GAACACCAGCAGGAGGCGAUAAAGAACGUGAAACCUGUGCUUGGCUGAAGUCACCGUCCCACUUUCCCUUUCCCCCUCUGACAGUAGGUAAAGGCGCAGUGCGGCGGAGCUGCAGCACUCACAGACUGGAGUUAACCUGUUGGACUGCUGCUGCUCUGUCACCGUCUCUUCUGUCUGCAGCUGGAUCUCCCCCUCACAACUCCGAACCGACCGGCAUCUCCUGCAAAAGGCUGGAUUGUUGCACUUUCUCCUACUGUUUUAUGAGUUGGAAUGAAAUUCUCCUGAACUGAGGCUGCUGUAAUGAGAGCCUCUGUCCUAGGAUCAGUUUGCGCUCUUCUCUUGCUGCUGCGGGAGCCUGUGUGUCGGGGGGAUGAGGUUACCUCCAGCACAGUGAACCCAUGCUGUUAUUUCCCCUGUCAGCACUGGGGUGUGUGUGUUCGCUAUGGUGAGGGCAAGUAUGAGUGUGACUGCACUCGCACCGGCUUCUACGGUGAAAACUGCACAGUCCCUGAGUUUUGGACCAGAGUGCGUCAGUUCCUCAAACCCGGCCCAGAUGUGGUGCAUUACAUUCUCACCCAUUUCCGCUGGCUGUGGGACAUCAUCAACUACACCUUCCUACGGGACGUCCUCAUGCGGCUGGUUUUGACAGUGAGGUCCAACCUAAUACCCACCCCUCCAACCUUCAACUCGAAAUAUGGCUACCUCAGCUGGGAGUCCUACUAUAAUCUGAGCUACUACACUCGGCUUCUGCCCCCGGUGCCCGAGGACUGCCCCACACCUAUAGGGGUCAAAGGCAUGUCUGGGCUACCUGACCCUGAGCUGCUGGUCGACACGCUUCUGAAGAGAAGGACGUUCAGAGCCGACCCCCAGGGCUCCAACCUCAUGUUCGCCUUUUUCGCACAACAUUUCACCCACCAGUUCUUCAAGACCUUCAAUCGCAUGGGCCUGGGCUACACCAAGGCACUGGCACAUGGGGUGGAUGCAGGACACGUUUAUGGAGACAACCUGGAACGUCAACUCCAGCUGAGGAUUCACAAAGAUGGAAAACUUAAAUAUCAGUUAAUUGAUGGAGAGAUGUACCCUCCCUCUGUAGCUGAAGCAUCCGUUAAGAUGAGCUACCCUCCUGGAGUCCCUGUGGACCAGCAGAUGGCCAUCGGGCAGGAAGUGUUUGGACUUCUUCCUGGUUUAGGACUAUACGCCACCCUGUGGCUGAGGGAGCACAACAGAGUCUGUGACAUCCUGAAAGCAGAGCAUCCCACCUGGGACGAUGAGCAGCUUUUCCAGACCACACGGCUCAUCAUCAUCGGUGAGACAAUACGAAUAGUGAUUGAGGAGUACGUGCAGCACCUCAGCGGAUACCUGCUGCAUCUGAAGUUCGAUCCCACCCUGCUGUUUAAUUCCCACUUCCAGUACGGGAAUCGUAUCGCCCUGGAGUUCAGCCAGCUCUACCACUGGCACCCUUUGAUGCCCGACAGCUUUCUUAUAAAUGGAGAUGAGCUGUCGUACACACAGUUCCUCUUCAACACGUCUGUUCUCACACACUACGGCGUGGAGAAGCUGGUGGAUGCCUUUUCUCGGCAGCCUGCUGGCCAGAUCGGUGGAGGCCAUAACAUCAAUGCUGUGGUGACCAAAGUAGCCGUGGGGGCGAUAAAAGAGUCCCGCCAACUCCGAAUGCAGCCUUUCAACGAGUACAGGAAACGUUUUAACCUUAAGCCGUACACAUCAUUCAGUCAAUUCACCGAUAAUGAGGAGAUAGCCCGCACGCUUGAAGAGUACUAUGGCGAUAUUGACGCAGUUGAGUUUUAUCCCGGCUUGAUGCUGGAGAAAACACGACCGGGGGCCAUAUUUGGAGAAAGCAUGGUGGAGAUGGGCGCCCCCUUCUCCCUCAAAGGCCUCCUGGGAAACCCUAUAUGCUCACCAGAUUACUGGAAGCCCAGCACCUUCGGAGGCAAAGUCGGCUUUGACAUAGUAAACUCUGCCACACUCAAGAAGCUGGUCUGUCUGAACACCAGGACGUGUCCUUACGUGGCUUUCAGAGUUCCAACAGAAGAGAAUUCCCAACAAGAGAAAGAUGGCAGUAACGUACGGACUGAUGAGCUAGCUGCUGCCAUGACGACCCUGGAUGACAAGCUCCUGGGGGAGAAGCUGCAGUAUUACUACAGCAGCAGUGAGGAUGAAGGCAGCGACAAUGAGGAUGACGAUGGGGAGAGAAAGACCAUUCGGAACGCUGAUGUCGGUGAACCUGAGAUAGACUACAGUGCAGAUGGAAGUGCUGUUAACACAGGACCAAAGGGUGUGAUCAAUGACUGGAGGAAGUACAAGCAGCUGGAAGUGGAGCAGAAACAAGAGCAGAAGAAAGAGAUGGAAAGACUGAUCAAGAAGCUGUCAAUGUCCUGCCGCUCUGACCUCGACCUGGAAAAAGACAAAGAGAAACAGAAAGAGCUGCAGGAAAAAAUCAAGGGCAAAAUGACCAUGCAGGAGUACAACAUGCUCCAGGAAGAAGAGGACGAUGAAGACUUCCUCCAGCAUUACCGCAUGCAGCGCAUUGAAGAGAUGCGGCGUCAGCUCUGCCGCGGCAAACGCUUCGAGCAGGUCUACGAGCUCAACAGUGGAGAGGACUUCCUGGAGGCUUUAGACAAGGAGGACAAGAGCACGCUGGUCAUGAUCCACAUCUAUGAGCCAGAAGUGCCGGGCUGCGAGGCCAUGAGCGGCAGCUUGAUGUGUCUGGCUCAGGAAUACCCGCUGGUCAAGUUCUGCAGCGUACGCAGUUCAGCCAUCAGCACCAGCGCACUGUUCAGAGACAGUGCUCUGCCUGCUCUGCUCGUGUACAAAGGAGGCGACCUGAUCGGCAACUUUGUGCGGCUCACAGACCAGCUCGGGGAAGAUUUCUUUGCUGUAGACCUGGAGGCCCUGCUGCAGGAGUACGGCCUGCUGCCCGACAAGCCCCCCAUCGUCUCCAAAACAAUCCGCAACGGAGCCAUCAUACAGAACACUGUGAGCGACGAGGACUCUGACCUUGAUAUAGACUAGAGCCAACAAAUCUAACAUGCAUUAUUUGCUUGGGAAUCAUGCGUACACAGUCUGCAUGGACUAUAGAUAAUUUAUAUAUAUAUGUGGACCCAUGUAGUGAUGACGGACUGAGCCUGGAUUGCCAUGUAACCACUUACACAACCAGCAUCGAAGCAGAACCAAAAGUAAAUGCGCACACACAACAAACACCAGUGGGUUUCAUAUCAUUCCAUCAUAAACAUUAGUUAUAUUUAAUGAGCGUAAAUACUUGCUAUCUUCAUGUUGUUAAACAGAGAGAAUGCUGUAGGUGUUUGGUUAAAUGUUUUGUUUGAGCUGUGACUGUAAACUAUUUAUUUGUUGUGUUAAGACACAUUUCCUUGUUUUGUUUCAUUUCCACCGAAUUCUAUGUUUUCACUCUACAGAAGAUAAAACCUUCAGCCCAACUGGCUUUUAGUUAAUUUUCUAACUUUUAUAUGUGCUGUACCGUUUCAAAUAGUGAGAACAAUAAACUGUAAAGUGUUUGGA